AUGAAAUUUUCUACUAUUGCUGCUGUCGCUUUAACCACCUUGAGUGUUGUGCGUGCCGGUAAGCACUCUGAUGAUGAUGAAGAUUACAGUAAACCAAAAUGGAGCAGUUCCAAACAUGACAAGGAACACAAAAAGACCACUGAAAUUUCAACCACCAAGUCUGAUUACUCAACUACCAAGUCUGAUUACUCAACUACCAAGUCUGAUUACUCAACUACCAAGUCUGAUUACUCAACUACCAAGUCCAAGUACUCCACUACGAAGUCUAAGUACCCCACCACUAAGCCUGAAUAUCCAACGACGAAGUCUGAAUAUCCAACAAACAAGACUGAGACCUUGACCACGAAGUCUGAAUAUCCAACUACGAAGUCUGAAUAUCCAUCUAACAAGACUGAGACCUUAACCACCACUGAGGGUAAAAGCAGCAUUGAAAUCUCCACCAAAUACAAAGUUACAUCUAAUGUUACAACCAGUCAUCAGACUUACACCGUUACGUCGGAGAUUCCUUGCGAAACUACUUCUGAGGUUCCGACACAUUACAACAAAACUUCCACUUACCCAGCUCCACCACCACACCAUAACAGUACCUCUUCUUACCCAAUGCCACCAAAGACUUAUACCUGGGUUUCUAAAAACAAAACUAUCAUUACUACUACUGACUGUCCAACUACUGAAACAAAACCAGUUAUUCCUACCGAUUAUCCAACAACUGAAACCAAACCGGUAACUACUCAUCACCUUGCCCCAACCAAUGAAACUACCCCAAUCCCCUACACUGAAAACGGUGCUGGCAUUUUGGACAGUAACAUUGUCGGAGCCGGUUUAGCUGUUGUUGGUGCCAUGUUGUUAUAA